GAAAGGCGGGACGAGAGCGAAAGUGUGAUUUUGUCCUGAGGGGCUCCAGUUGUCCGUUGAAUCUCUUUACACUAUCCAUACCUUAGUUACCACAAAUACCAAAGCCACCAUGGCGGCAACACAGGCUACUCUGAGUGCCAUGGACCCCAGCAAGAGUUCCAAAAACACUAUUAAACUUGAAAAUACUGAGAAAAGAGAUACCCUUAUUGCGAUAGAGAAGAAAUACCAGCAAAAAUGGGCAGAGGACAAGGUCUUCGAGCCCAAUGCGCCCUCGACCAAGGAGAUCCCUCUCCAGGACAUUUCGGCCGCCGACCUUCGUGCCAAAUACCCUAAAUUCUUUGGCACCAUGGCCUACCCAUAUAUGAACGGCACUCUGCAUGCCGGACACAGUUUCUCAGUCUCCAAGAUUGAGUUUACUGCUGGUGUUGCUCGUAUGCAGGGCAAGCGCGCCCUCUUCCCGAUGGGUUUCCACUGCACGGGUAUGCCCAUCAAAGCCUGUGCCGACAAACUUGUCAGAGAAGUCGAGAUGUUUGGCAAGGAAUUCGAGCGCUGCCCCGAGACGAACAUUACGAACAGCCAGCCCGAGGAGACCCCUGCGCCUACAGAGGCUGACACCAAGGAGGACAUUACCAAAUUCACCGCCAAGAAGGGCAAGGCUGCGGCGAAGGCGGUCAAGCUGAAGUACCAGUUCCAGAUCAUGCUUGCCCUUGGCAUUCCUCUCGCCGAGAUCCACAAAUUUGCAGACCCGCAACAUUGGCUCCAAUUCUUCCCUCCGUUGUGCAGACGAGAUCUUACCAACUUUGGCGCUCGUAUCGACUGGCGCCGAUCAAUGGUCACCACUGACGCCAACCCUUACUACGAUGCCUUUGUGAGAUGGCAGAUGAACCGUCUCAAGGAGUUGCAGAAGAUUCGCUUUGGCAAGCGUUACACUGUCUAUUCCCCCAAGGAUGGCCAGCCCUGCAUGGACCACGACCGAAGUGAAGGUGAAGCCAUUGGACCACAGGAGUAUACCGCCGUGAAGCUCAAGGUGAAGGAGUGGGCCCCCGAGGCUGCCAAGCUCGUCGAGAGCAAGCUGCCUGCGAACGCUAAUGUCUUCUUUGUCCCCGCCACUCUCCGACCCGAGACCAUGUACGGCCAGACCUGCUGUUUCGUUGGACCCAAGAUCACCUACGGUGUAUUCAAGGCCGGUGAGAAUGACUACUUUGUCGUCACUGAGCGUGCUGCCCGCAACAUGGCCUUCCAGGGUGCGUUCCCCAAGUGGGGCGAGUACGAAAAGGUUGCCGAACUUCCCGGUACCUCUGUCAUUGGCACCCUCGUGAAUGCUCCCCUUUCCAUGCACACUGAGGGUGUCCGCAUCCUGCCGAUGGAGACGGUCAAGGCCACCAAGGGUACUGGUGUUGUCACUUCAGUCCCAUCUGACAGCCCGGAUGACUAUGCUACCGUCCUCGAUCUUGCCAAGAAGGCCGACUUCUACGGGAUCAAGAAGGAGUGGGCUGAGCUGGAAAUCAUCCCGAUUCUCGAGACUCCGUCAUACGGUAACCUGACUGCGCCUUUCCUCGUGAAGAAGCUCAAGAUCAACUCUCCCAAGGAUGCCGCUCAGCUCGAGGAGGCCAAGGGUCUUGCCUAUAAGGAGGGCUUCUACCAGGGUACCAUCCUGGUUGGCAAGUACAAGGGCCAAAAGGUGGAGCACAUCAAGGACAAUGUCAAGCGUGACCUGAUCGAUGCAGGCGACGCUUUCGAGUAUGCUGAGCCGGCUGGUCUGGUCAUCAGCCGAUCGGGCGACGAGUGCGUUGUUGCUCACUUGGACCAGUGGUUCCUCAACUACGGUAACGGUGACGAGGAAUGGCAAAAGACGACUCUCGGCUGGAUUUCCGAGGGUCUCAAUACCUUUACUACGGAGACCAAGCACCAGUUUGAGAAGACCAUUGACUGGUUGAACCAAUGGGCCUGCGCCAGAAGCUAUGGUCUUGGCUCUAAGCUUCCUUGGGACCACAGCUUCCUGGUUGAGAGUUUGAGUGACAGCACAAUCUACAUGUCAUACUACACCAUUGCUCACCUCCUCCACAAGGACAUUUUUGGAAAGGAGCCUGGCCUUGCUGGCGUCAAGGCUGAACAGAUGACUGACGAGGUCUGGGACUACAUCUUCACCAGAAGAGAGCUCUCCGACGAGGUCGUCAAGAGUGGUAUCAGCAAGGACUCUCUUGAGUCUAUGCGCCGUGAGUUCCAGUACUGGUAUCCCUUGGACCUUCGUGUUUCUGGAAAGGACCUUAUCCCUAACCACUUGACCUUCUUCCUCUACAUCCACACUGCUCUCUUCCCCAAGGAGUUCUGGCCUCGCGCGGUCCGUGCUAAUGGCCACUUGACGCUCAACGGUGAGAAGAUGAGCAAGCACACUGGUAACUUUUUGACUCUGGAUGACACUGUCAAGAAGUACGGUGCCGACGCCAGCCGUGUUGCGCUCGCUGAUGCCGGUGACGGUAUUGAGGACGCCAACUUUGAGGAGAGCGUCGCCAACAGCAGCAUUCUCCGUCUUUUUACUCUUAAGGAGUGGUGCGAGAAGAUCGCCAAGCUGGCCAAGGGUGAGCAGAUGCGCGAUGAGAUUCCUCUCCGCACUGGUCCCAAGGUCUUUUGGGACAAGCUCUUUGAGAAUGAGAUGUACAGUCUUGCCAACGAGGCUAAGAAUCACUACUCGGCCACCAACUACAAGCUUGCUCUCAAGUCUGCCUUCUACGACUUCACCACAGCUCGCGAUUUCUACCGUGAGAGUACCACUGCUUCCCGUAUCGGCAUGCAUAAGGACGUUGCUCUGCAGUACAUUAAGUUGCAGGCUCUUCUGAUGGCCGUCAUCACUCCUCACUGGUCCGAAUACAUCUGGCAAGAGGUUCUCGAGCAGCCGGCCACUAUCCAAAAUGAGCUCUUCCCUGAGCUCCCCGAGGCCGACGUCACUCUGCUCGCCGCACGCGAGUACGUCCGCACCACCACUUCGAACAUCACUUCUGCCGAAGCGGCGCAGCAAAAGAAGAAGGACAAGGGCAAGAGCGUGGCCUUUGACCCCAAGAAGGCCAAGAAGCUCACCAUCUUCGCCACCACGAAAUACCCCUCGUGGCAAGAAAAGUAUAUUGACCUCGUGCGCGAGGCCUUUGACGGCGUCUCCAUCAACGACAAGGAGCUCAACCCCAAGGUCGCCAAGUUUGGCGAAAUGAAGAAGGCCAUGCCGUUUGUGCAAGGUCUCAAGCGCCGUCUCGCCGGCGGCGAAUCAGCCAACAUCGUCUUCGAUCGCAAACUCCCCUUUGACGAGCUCGACACCCUCAAGGAGAUGGCCAUCGGUCUUUCCCGCACCACGGGCUGCAAGGCCAUUGAAGUCAUUGCCGUCGACGAAGGCGGCAAGACCGGCACCGUCAUCAAGUCUGUCGAUGUCGUAGGCACCGGUGUCGACAGCAAGGGCAAAGAGGAAACCACUACCCAGGUCGACCAGUCUGCCGAUCAGAAGCGCACUGAGCUGCCCCAGCCUGCAGAGGGCGCCGUCCCUGGUGUCCCUACCUUUCAUUUUGAGAAUAUCUAAGUCACGUAUCCAUCCAAGCAUAUCUAAGUCACGUAUCGUCCAUUUGAGCACAGCUAAGCUGCAUGGAUGAAAAGAAGGAGAAGAGAGGUGCAGUGAAGCAGAGAUUUAAAAAAAAAAAAAGCAUAUCUAGAUGUGAAGUAGCGAUGGACCAAAACAAAAAAAGGGCAUAGAAAGCGUGCAAUAUUUUCCUCAUUCUCCCUUUUUACCUUUUACUCUUUUUUUACAUUUUGUCGCGAUAUACUUCUGCCCGACUGGAUCUGUAGGGUUAGUCGGGACUGACGCAGUUCAUGUGCGAUGAAGACGAUUUCAUUUGAUGCACUUUUAUUGUUUCCCCCCCUCGUGUGUUUUGUCCAAAAAAGAUGAUAGAUUCUUUCGUCAUGGUAU